AUGAUCGCCGCAAUUUAUAUCGAUAACUCCAUAUCAUCUGGAUUGUUGGAUGCAGCACGCAGUGAAGUUUAUGAAAGAGUGGCGCAGCUCCAGCACUAUCUGGAUUGUGAAGUCAUCUUGGGCAACACGUUGAAAUAUCUGCAGCUUGCGAAGGGUGAGCCUGAGAUACGUGCUAAGGCACUUCAGCUUAAGCGGGUCUGCCAGAGCCUCACAGAACUGUAUCCCAAUGGAGACUUGGAUGACUUCCUCAAUGACUUCCUCUACAAAAGCCUCCCAACCUGUGCUGCAGAAGAUCCACCGCAAUCUCUCGACGUCUAUUGCAACUGCGAGGAUUGUGAAGCAGGUCCAACGCAGCGACGCUGGCGCGCUGAGUGUCGAGGUGAAAAGCAAGGCAGGGUCAACGAUGCACCGACCAGGCGUAUGUUUCGCAUACGAUGCUGGGUUCCCAAGUACCAGAAAUGGAUGGACGUCAAGGACACCAAGUGCAAGAAGCUGAUCAAAAGGGGGAGAUUGCCAGGAAGUCCCACAAUCGUAGAGCAGCCAGAGAGCCACCCAUUCGUCUACGAUGUAGAAUGUGAUAAGUGGAGGGACUUCUACGAGCAAUUCCAGCAUCAUUAUCUUGGAACGGAGGCACAGAAUGAGAACCUUCCUGGGCCUAUCGAGAGCGGCGAUGGUGGCGAAUGGACAGAGACACUGCGACGGAUUUUGCGGAAGCAGCAAAGCAGUGACCCAGCACCUAUCCAGUUCGACGCUAGUGGCAAUUGGAAAGAGACUCUGCGGCAAGUUUUGGGGAGGCACCAAGGCUGCACGGUCCUCAACAACGCAGGGGAACAGCUGAAGAAGGUGGGGCAGCUCCAACUCGAGGAAGAUCUUCCUUCUGACGAGUUUCCACUGCAGAUCAGU